UCCUCGACUGUCGGACCGCAGCGCCUGGCUCUGCGCGCCGCGCAGCGGGGCGCGGCCUGGGGAAGCCGGGAGGCGCCUGCGGCUGCGUGCUUUUCCCGGCGGGGAUGGGCUGCAGGUCGGAAGCCGGGGGCAUCGGUAGCACACGGAGAGGUAGGUAGCGGCGGGUCUGAAACGAGGGGGCCUGCAGCCGGAGUGCCGCCCUCCCUUGUCACGGGCCCCGCGGGGCUCAGGCCAGGGCCCCUCCGCUAGGGGCUGCCGGCGCUCAGGCCUUGGGAGCUUUGCGAGCUGCUGUCACAGGACGGCCACAGGAUGUCGCCGCGCUCUGGGACGGAGUAGCGGGUCCUGCUCUUCACCAAGAGUCAAGUAGCUUAAUAAUAACUCAACGUGCAGCCAAACCGUAAGUGGCAGCUCAUCGGGGUCAGCGCUAUGAGGCCGGGGCAAGCGCCCUGAACGGAUCUGGGGAAAGCAGGAAACAAACAGGGUAAAUAACACCUGGUAUCUUGUUUCUUGGUAGGGACUGAGCUGUCCGCAGUGCGCUGGAGCCCGGUUGAAAUCCCCCUGCAUCUGAACGGGUCGCGGCAAGGCCACCGCGUGAGCAGGGACACGUGCAAUAACGUGUCGCCGUGAGCGUGGCCGGUCAGGGUGCUCUAAGGGUGACUGCAGGAACAGGAGGGAGAAAGGUAGAUUGCCCACCGAGCCCAGCUGCUGUCGCGAGGAGCCCACAGGGACCUCCGCACUUCCUGCAGCCCACGAGAGGCUGUCGGUCAGCCCGGGCUCCCCGCUCGUGUCCCCACAGCGCGGCUCACGAGCCUGAGCGAGGACCCGGGGCUGGGGGCGGGGCAGCAGCUGGGCUGGAAUCGAUGCAUUGGGCGGGUCAGGGUAGCUCUGCCCUUCCCUGGCCUCAGCCGGGGGGCGGGGUCACCGUUCUGUGUGCCGAUUGGUCAGACUCCGAUCCUAGCGGUCCCGUUCCGCUGGCCAGGGACGGGGUGUGUGCGGCGGAGAACAGGGGAUCCGGAUGGCAUGCGGGGCAGGGCAGGGCAGGGCAGGGCAGGGGGGCUGCUGGACCGGGGGGCCUUAGCCGAAGCCCGCCUGCCCCGCUUCCGGCCCGGUGCUGCCUACGGGCUCCGUUCGGAGAUGUGUCCUUGCUAACAAAAUUUGCACGGGAUUCCCCCUUUUUUUAAAGCGGAAAAGAAAUGAAAUCCCGCUGUUUAGUAAGAGCGGAAAGCAAUUGCUUCAGUGGUUCAGUGCUGGAGAGUUUUGGUCCUUCUUGUCAUACAAGUUGCAUUUUGAGAAGAGGGGGUCGAAGUGACGGUCCAAGAACUUGAGAUUGCAGAGAUGUAUAUAAUAAGUGCGUGUGCGUGUGUAGAAUACACACUGGAAUAAACGCGGUGAUCUGACUACUCCCUCUUAGCUAAGGGGAAAUCGAUGUAGGUAUUUUCAUAUUAUGUUUGCGUCUCGAUGCAUAUUAAACUGCGUAGUUAAUAUAUAUAUAUAAUAGGUUUGCUGUGCAUCCGUAACGAGCAUAACGACCCCUUCCCCCACAUGAAAGCCCUCUCUGUACUGCUCCCCGUGCUUCAAACCGGCCCCGGCAGCUGGAACUUAAAAUAAAACCCGGCUCCGCGCUGCCCGCCUCUGGCUCACGCUGGGCAUCCCAGCCAGCAGUCAAAGACAGAAAAUCAAAACCUGCGGCUGUGGCUGAGGGCCGACCCUGCUCGCCCGCAUGAGGAAGGCGGAAGGGCGCGCGUGGCGGGCGGGCCGGGGCUCGCCGGCAGCGGCUGCAUGGCUUGAGUAGGAUGGUGCAGGCCGAUUGGCGGAGGCCAAUCAGGAGCAGGCAGGAGGAAAGCUUGCCGUAGGGCUUGGCCCGCAGCCCCCGCUUAAGGCGUCAUUUGGGGCUGCAGCACGCAAGGGCCGGGAGGUCGCCGCUGUCUGCUCUCGGGGUCAUCUUGCCGAGCUGCGGUGUGGUGCUGCCCUGCUCGCAAACGGGUCAAGCACUGACAGUCUUUUCACACCCCCAAGUCCGAGCUACGGUGUGGUGCUGCCUAGCUCUGUGGGCGGUCAAGCACUGGUGGUCACUUGAGGGGGCUUGUGCCCUCUCAGGGCCAUCGGGAAGCACGAGACGAAUGGAAUUGAUGGGGCCAGCACUUCCUUGGUGCCUAGCAUCUUUCACCUCCAAACUCAUCCUCCCCACACUUCACUCUUUCUCCUCUCUCCUGUCCUGUCAUUUCAUGUCCAAGUUUCUCCGCCCGCUGCCCCCUUUCGUUUCUGCAGUGGUUCUCUUGUAACCACUGUGUGCCGAGUGCCUAAGAGCUGGUCACCCAGGAUGCUGAAUCCCUUGCUGAAAAGGCAUUAGUGGCAGACGUCGCUUGACUUGGCUCUCCAGGAGUCAAGUGUCGGAGAUUGGACUGGCCACCUGAGGCUGCAGGCCCAAAUCCCAUGAAACUGGUCCCCUUUGGGGGGUCUGUGCACGUCGUCCCCGGAAGCUCAAGCAGACGAGAUGGCAGACAAGUAGGAGCGAGCUGACUGGGAGGGAAGAAAACCAGGCCAGUGUAACAGGAGGCAAAGGUAAGACAAUUUCAACACAGGACGUGUCCACUCCUAGGGCUCCACCACUAAAUGGUGGACCGUGGGAUUCCUGAGCCUCGGGGGCUUGGGAUGGUGGGAUUUCCUGUGUCCCUGGUCUGGGAGGGAGGUCCGGGUUUCCUGCCUUUAUUACUGCUCAUCUGAGGCUACGUUGUGAGGUUGGCCAGAGGCAUUGCCCAUGGGUUACGGCGAAAGUGGCAGGUUUCCAGAGGAUGGUAAGUGUAUUAGAAGUUCAAGCUGCUGGAUGUGUACUCUGACUCUGUUCGCUUACAGCCGGUCUUGGUCUCUGUUCUUCCAGAUGUCAGAAGAACCGGAAGGAGAAGCGGAUGGGGAAGCAGCGGGGAAGAGACAAGGCCCGAGCUGUCGGUGGUCCCAGCACUGACCCACCGCCCGCCGGCUCCCCGCCAGCACCUUGCAGCGCGCUCCGGACCGUAAUUGGGCCAAUCAGGGCAGAGAGCGUGCGCGACGACCAAUCAGCGCGCAGGACGCUACAGCUCCCUCCCUCGGAGCAGGCGCCGCGGGAGCCGCUGCCCGAGCCCGCGCCGCAAGCCCCGCCCACACCCGGCCGCCGCAGCCGGGGAAGGAGGCACCUGUGCGCGGCCCGUGCCCGCCGGCUCCGCGUGCGCACGAAGCGGGCCCGGGCGCCGCCACUCUCCGCGCAGCGGGCCGGGCCGGCGGGAGGCGGUGCCCGCAGGGACAGCCGGGCGGGCCCCGCGCAGCAGCGCGUCUUCUCCGCGGAGGCCCGAGGCGGCCCCGCCCGCCCCGCGUUGCUGACCCCGCGCCCGAGGAAGAGCCUGGGCGCUGCGGCGCCCUGGUCCCGCCGCGAUGCUGUCUGGCAGCGGGGAGCCCCGUCCCGCCGCCAGAGUGUGAAGGCUUCCGUGUAGCGUUUGUGAAGGACAGCGGGCUACUGUUCCCAUCUGUUUUCAAGAGAGAAACCUCCAACCGCAGCAGAGAGCCCCGCAAGCCCCGCGCCCUGGGCAGCGCAGUCUCCCGCACGCCCCGCCCUGGUCGCGCCCCGCGAUCAGACAGGCAGCUGACGUCAUGGGCGUCCAGCCUGAGCGUGAAGGCAAACCCGGAUCCGUGCUGCCCUCCGGUGGUGCGCUCCGAGCACUGCAGCCCCGAGCAGCGGCGCGGCGGAGGGAAGACGAACCCGCUGUUCCGUGCGGCCCUCCUGUGGUCCCGUCGGGACCUCCGCUCGGUGUGAAAUAGUAUACAACUGAGAACAGGGAGCCGAAGUGAAGGUAUUAUUGGUUUCCUACUUGCUUUGGAAAACUUACAUUGUACAGAGAUGUAUCCAGUACGGCUGUGUGUGUAUACCGAUAUGCAGAUGUGUGUGUGUGUGUAAUAAACACCAUCAUUAACACAAUGAUCUCUCUGUCUCUGUCCAUGGCGAUAGUGAUGUAGGUGUUCAUCUCUCACCCUUGCACAGCUCCGCACACGAGUGUGUGUCGUUAGUGCGGGUAUCACACGUGUCACGGGGCAUCC